ACAAACGCCGCUCGCUCCUGCCAGAUCCCGUUCCUAAUCGCACCUUCCUCAUCGACCGCGUUGUUGCACAGACAAACCUUGAUCCCCGUAGGUUACACGCUCUCAUUCCCCGAUUUCCUUCACGACCUACAACACCCUCCCUUCACCCCCACCAAUUCGCCACCCUAAACCAUCCCACUCCCAGGCAUGACUGUUGCACGUCCUCACAAACACCUUCCCUCCCAAGCUUGGUGCCACUCGCGUUCUUGCGUCAAGUCAACAUCCGUCAACAAUCCACGAGUCCAUAACAAACAAGCAUUCAUCUCCGACAUGGCCUCCUUCAGUGACUCCACCGAGAACCAGGACGGCCGGCUCAUCAUCGUCGCCAACCGUCUUCCCGUCACCGUCAAGCGCGACGAUGAAAGCGUCUACGAGUUCCAUCCCUCCUCCGGCGGCUUGGUCUCGGGGCUGGCCGGAGUGAGGAGGAAGAACGAAUUGCUGUGGUACGGAUGGCCGGGGUUGGAAGUGCCGAGAGAGGACAAGGAGCACGUCAAGGAGCGCUGCCAUCUCGACCACAACUGCAUCCCUAUCUUCAUGUCCGAAGACGUGAGCGAUCGACACUACAACGGCUUCUCCAAUUCCGUCCUGUGGCCGCUCUUCCAUUACCACCCCGAAGGCGCCAUCUUCGACGACUUGCAAUGGGACGGAUACUACGAAGCCAACCACACCUUCGCCAAAGCGCUCGCCCCGGAUCUCAUCGACGAUGACAUUGUCUGGGUGCAAGACUACCACCUCAUGCUGCUGCCGGAGAUGCUCCGCAACGAAAUCGACAAGAUGGACGUCAAACCGAAGAAUGUGAAGAUCGGCUUCUUCCUCCACACCCCAUUCCCCUCUUCCGAGCUCUUCCGUAUUCUCCCCGUACGUGAGCAGAUUCUCAAUGGAGUGCUGCACUGCGAUCUGAUCGGCUUCCACACCCCCGACUAUGCCCGCCACUUCCUCAACUCUUGCGCGCGUGUUCUGGGCUCCUCCACCAUCCCUAGCGGUGUGCACUUUCGCGGACGAUUGGUCGAAGUGAGGGAGUGCCCCAUCGGAAUCGAUCCUCUCAAGUUUGCAGAGGGACUCCAAGAGCCCGGCGUCAUAGCGCGCGUUCAGCAGCUCCAGAAGCGGUUCGCAGGGGUCAAGGUGAUUGUUGGCGUGGAUCGCCUGGAUUACAUCAAGGGGGUGCAACAAAAGCUCCACGCGCUCGAAGUCUUCUUGACGGAUCACCCUGAGUGGAUUGGCAAAGUGGUCCUCAUCCAAGUCGCAGUGCCUUCGCGUGGUGAAGUCGAGGAAUACAAGAACCUGCGCGCUGUGGUCAACGAGCUUGUGGGACGCAUCAAUGGCAGGUUCGGCACCAUGGAGUUCACGCCCAUCCACUUCAUGCACAAGUCGGUGAACUUUCAGGAGCUCAUUGCCCUCUACUCCGUCAGCGACGUGUGUCUGGUCACCAGCACGCGCGAUGGAAUGAAUCUGGUCAGCUACGAAUACAUUGCCUGUCAACAGGAGCGCCACGGCGUGCUCAUCCUCUCCGAGUUCGCAGGCGCAGCUCAGAGUCUCACCGGAGCGCUAGUCAUCAAUCCUUGGGAUACGGCUGAGGUGGCGGAUGCGCUGCAUCAGGCCGUCGCCAUGACUCCCCAACAACGCUUGGAGAAUUACGAGAGACUGGCGCGCGUGGUCAACACCAAGACGUCGGAGAAUUGGGGCACUACGUUUGUGCACGACAUCAUCAAGACUGCGGAGCAGCUUCCCAUCUUCGAGCUGUGUGUCAGGUACACGUCGUCCGACUCGGAGUCAGAGAUGCCUGAUACAGUGGUGGACGCGGGGAUCGCGCUGGAGAGCCCUGGAGACUUCGCCAUCGGGAGGAUGAUUGAAGCCAGCGAUGCGGACACGGAGGAAGACUCAGAGAAGUACGAACCCGAUACUCGCACCCUGACCCCCUCCUCAUCCAAUUGACCGAAAGAUAUCCCUUCCUAUGGUUCGUGUUGGCUGACACAUUCGAGUAACAGGGAGUACAAGUCGCACGAAGAGGAAGAAAUGGAAGAUGAGGGGAUUGUGUUGAAGGUGGAAUCGAGGUCGCCACCAGCUCUGGACUGACCUCGUAGGUCUUCAACGGUCUACUACAUACUGGCUCGUUGACGUCUUUUCAAGCCUCGCGAUAAGGACGGGUGGAAGAGCGGCAAGGCAUCGCAAUGAAAGCGAUGCGAUACUUACGUUGCUGCUUUGUAACUUGGAGAGAGCGAAAGAGAGAGACGAUGGAAGUAGCUGUUUAUACUCUUCAAGCAAACUCAUAAG